AUACAUUAGAUCAAAGCAUCUCAUCAAGAUGGCUGAGCAACAAACUGCGAAUCCGACUGAGGUUGAAAAAGGAAUAUCAAUUUUUUUGGACGUCUUUCGACGGGCUGACAAAAAUGAUGAUGGUUUCAUCUCAUGGGAGGAGUUUGUGUCUUACUGUGCUGAUGGAGUCAUGGGAAAAGAGGAGUUACAAGCCUUGUUUGAUGACAUUGACUCACACAACACCAAUAACAUUGACACGGAGGAACUGUGUACUUACUUUGCUCAACAUCUCGGAGAAUUUCGGGAAGUCUUCAGCCUUUUAGAGGACCUCAACAAGAAGACGACCAAUGUGCUCUACACGACCUCCAAGGUAUACAAGGAGUCGAACCGCAUUGACAAAUUCAUUACUCGUUUCAUCAUGCGAGAGAUAAUCUACCAGAUGUCUGCCCUACAACGUCCAAUGGAGGCGGCCUCGGAUAUACUAGACACUCAGGCACGGGAGGAGAGAGAUGACAUCAAACCCCUGGAGGUAGAAGACGUGAUCAAGAAACCUUCAGCCAGUGGCAUCGUGCCAGGUCGGGUUGUGCGACGGGCAAAGCGACAGGUCAGCGCCCCAGGCUCACUUGGAGAAGUCGUUGAAUGGAUUGAAGUGAAUUCAGGAACUGGCGUGAUGAAUUCCCAAGUAGACAGACUGUCAAAACUGAUAGACCGGCUGGAGAGAAAGGUGAAUUUUGACGGCUUCAGAGACGAGGAGGUGAUUCAUGGGGAGGAUGAUACGCUGCUGCUGGUCAACAGAGAAUUCACAGUGACCCAGGACAAGCUGGACGAGUUCCAGGCAAAUCUGAGGGCUUAUGUGGACGUGACACAGGGCUUCAGAGGAUGUCUCAAUGUAAGUGUACGUGACCUGAGAGACUCCAACACUUUCAGCUUGUACGAGAUUUGGACCUCGGAGGAGAAACAGGCUCAGAACUGUGAUAACGAAGCUUUUAAGACGCUCAUGGACCAAGCCUCGGAGCAGUCAAAGAACUCUAUGAAGAUUCCAGGAUCCUGGUGGAAGAGAGAGAUCUGAUCCCACUGCCUGCGAGAGGACAUUAAUGGAGAAACUCGCAUUUUUCACGCACAGGAGAGAAUAACCCAUCCGCCCAGUUUUGUUGUCAACGAGGCAGGAAGAGGAACAAACAUGUUGCUGAGGGAAAUAAACUUAUACAUUACGGAGGGAUAUAAACCUUUGUUUCCAAGGAAGAUAGACACACACUAUGUGGAGAGCAUAUCCUUCAUGUUAUCAUCUUGUUGUUUUACCUGUCUGUGGAUCCCACUUUUAGCACAAAGUGGAAAAGAGAAAAGUAAUGCAGAGACUGGAAAUAAAGUACAGGUUGUUACGUUUUCCCCACUUUGCUGCCCAGGGACCAACACAAUCUUCAAAUCUUAUACUCGUGACACUUUGACACAAAUGAUCAUAAACACUUUUGCUCAGUAUGUCGAAAAUGUUUCAACACAGCAAGUAUGAGACAUCUAUGUGCUGUACCUUCAAAAAUGUGUUUGGGAUAAAUUUUUCUUAAAGAUGCUGUGUUGCAGUCUCUGUUGUAGUCAAGGCUCGUCUCAUGUUGACACUUACUUUCUGCCAUCUUUAAUUCAACACUGGUCUCGUGACUCUGAUGUUCGUGUAAAAGUUUGUUUUCCUCAUAUGUGGCGUUUGCAGCUGACCACUGUUUCAGUAGACUGCUGUCUCAGUUGACCACUGUUUUUUUCACUUCCAGAGAGCAACCAAUGUUUUCACAUGGUUUUUGUUUUUUUCUACUUUCAUAUUUCACAUUGAACAUGGUCAUAUACAUGCACUCCUAGAAAUAAAGAAGUCAAGGGCCAGGCUGUUUUUUAAUUUUUUUAAUUUCAGGUUUACAAAAAUCAAUGUGACAAUAUUACUGAAACUUGAAAACAUUUGUACACAUACUGAACAGUACUAUUGGUGUGAACAUCUUGAGGUACACUUUGUUUACAUGGAAAUUUACUGAAGUUUGGGAAAAAGGGGAAUAGGUUAAAAAAAUUUCCUAUAAGUUAGUGCAAACGUACCUGUUGAAAGAUUUCUUGGGCUCCGUCUUCAAA